AUGAUCGCAAACUGCAACAUUAAACCUCCAGACAAUGCUCGCAUAAGAUAUGGAACAUACCCCAGAGACAGAUUCUCCACAGAUCAAGAGGAAACACACUACAACAAUGGAAACCAGUAUAGGCACGACAGAUUCAACAGAAGUUACGCCGAUGUAACUCAAGGGGCCAACAUGAGCCACCCCUCAAACGGCAUGCUCUUUGCCCUCGUCCACCACAUACAAGAAACAAUAACUGAAGUACAACACCAGAUGAGUCAACUAGAAAAAAAAGUUAGCACAUUAGAGGAAGAUGCAGCACACAGACACAUGAAUAAAAUGGAUGAAGACAUGGAAUCCACCUUUGACUUCACAAUUUCCAUAACAGAACAACUAACUGAGACAGAAGACAUCAAAACAACUCAAAGACAGAUCAACGAAAAACUCAACAAAAUGGGAGAAAUGAUGGCACAGUUCGCGAAGCUAUUCAGUAACAAUCUUUUAGAUCAAAACAGCCACCCUGAUUCGACUAGUAUUCAACAAUGA